AUGACGUCAGCAUCUCCACAAGAGCUGAGUCUCCCCCGAGAUUGGCCACGUGCAGCGGGGUCUUCCCCGUGUGAUCUUCGAUGUUUGGUUGGGCCAGAUGGGGUGCACAGUCGCACCCGAUCGCUGGUGCAGACCCUGUUGAGGCGGGCCACGGGGGCCGCCGUGGACAUCGAUCCGAUGGCGGCCCACUUUCACGGCAUCUUCGGCCGGGCCUUCAAUGAGGAUCUUGGGAUCGAGCAGGCAGUGCUGAGGCAGCCGCGUCCCAGUCACCCGCCCACCUCCGUGGAUUCCUGCGCAGCAUUUUCGGUGGGGUUGACGUCCGGGGGCGAGCCGGGGUUCCAUGCUGCGUCGGCGUGA